UCGGCUAUACGUGUAGUUUAAAUUUUUGUAUUGUGUUAACAAUAAGAAAGCAACUCAGCCCGACAAAUAAACCGCGCAUUUUUGUAUUGUUUUGAAAUUGAGUUCAUCUGUCAAGGAUCUUAACUUCGCAUCGAACUUUUCGGAUUUCAGAACAUUUUCAAAAUGGAGGACGAAUUUCUGUCUCCAUCGUCUUCAAACGACAGUGAAAUUCCAUUGACCAAACAAAUGGAGCAAAAGCCUGCUUCUGAUGCAUUAUCUGGCAUGACUGAAAAAGAAAUGCAGCAGCAUCUUGAGCAUUGUAUGAAGUUAGCUGCUGAAAAUAAAAUAAAUAUGAAGAAUGCAUUUGGCUUGCAUCUUAUUAGUAUUAUGCAAAAUUUGGUGAAACAAAAAGAAUCAACUGAUCUUACACUUGCAAGUCUAUCUCUCCAAGCAAGCUCAAAAAUAUAUGCUUCUCGUAUUGAAGCUCUCUAUAAGGAAACCUAUCAGUUCCAUGGGCAUUUACAAACAAUUGUUGUAGGUGGGAAAUCAGCUAACUCUAAUAUGCCAGCUGAUUUUGAUGAUGAUAUGAAUUCUGAUGAAGCUGUUGAACGAAAACCACAAAAGAAAAAAUUGAAGUCUUAUUUGUGUUCAGAAGACAGCAUAACUCUCACCAACACUCAAGGAAACAGCUUCACAACAAUGCCACAUGGGAACUUUGAGCUCAUAAAAUCAGCUUUUUCCACGGCUCGUACUGCAAAAAGAUUGCUUGAUUCUCUGCCAUUGGAAUGUGAUUCUUGUAAAAUAAAUUGUGCUACUUCUUCAAAGUGUUUUAAACCUAAAGAAUCGCCACCUGAGGCAGUUAAAUUUCAUUUAUCUAAACAAAUUAAAGGGAAAUUAACUGGAAUAGAAAAUCUCAACAUCAAGUCUACAGAAUUUGAUGACAUUGAAUCUGCUAAUAAAACUAUGGAUGUGUUUCCAGAUGCUGCUGAUCCUUGGGAUGGUGGAAAUGAUACAAGCAUUGCAGAUAACAGUAAUCAUGCUGUGGAUGUCAUGAUAGAUCGCUUUUCUAUUUUGGAUAUAACUGCAGACAUUUUUGCUAGGGAUAUAUCCCAGGCAAUCACAAAAGGAAAUGAAAUUGAUGAAAGAUUAUUGCCUCCACAGUCUGCUUUAAAAAGAGUUUUGAGAACUGUAGAAAAAAAGCCAAGAAUAGUUGGAGAUGAAAAAAAGAAGAGAGAAAAAAAGCCAAGGGAACCAUUUUUUACAAUGGAUCAAGUGGUUGACAAUUCUUUGUUUUUGCCUGGGAAGAAAAUUAAUCUCACAAAUGCAACAAUUAAUGAAUGGUGCCUGGCUGAAACUACAGAGCUCUGCACAGGGCAUGAGACAUUGUUUUCUGAACUUAUUACUGAUGAUGAAUCUGAUAAAAAAAAUUCAGGUGAAAAAGUCAAAGCAUUUUAUACUGUCAUUACUGAAAUGGAACCUCAGUAUUGCCUCAAAAACUACUUCUUCAAAAGACCAGCUCUGUGGAAAAGAUGCAGGCGAUUGCAUUCACCUUUAAAGUCACCAUUUUCUUUAGCUUCCAAUAUGCGCCCAUCUUCUUUUGGAAUGUUGCGGAAUCCGGAAAUAGAUCAUAAUGCAUCUUUCGAAAAUGAAGAGGGCAUAGUCCAGUCAUUCAGAGAUCUUUCAUUGCAUGACUCUUUUGAAAAUAAUCAUUGUGAUGAUGGUCCCAUAGAUUUACCAUCCCCUGCUAAAAGUGAUGAACCACUGUCUAUGAUCAAUAAUAGAAGUGGAUUUUUGGAAGAGGAUAUACAGAUGAUGAUGGUUACACCUCCUGAAUUGGUAAAACCUUUGAAUGUUCGUUAUAACCAAAAACCUUUAAAUAUAGAUUCAGACAGACUGAAAACUUGUAUGUGGAGUGUCAUAUCUGCCAAUCUAACACAAAAUUCUACAAAAUCUGUGCUUUUCUCAGAAGUUCACAAAGAAGUCCAAAAACGAUAUAAACCAGACAAGCAUGAAAUUAUACCUCAACAACUUAGCUUUGUUAUUUUGUUGAUUUUAGCCAAUCUGAAAGAAUUGUUUUUAGAAAAUACUGAAGGCGAUAAAGAUAUAAUUAUCAGACUGGACAUAUCAGAUUCAACAUCUGAGAGGAUCGAAAUUUAUUGAAAUAUUAUUUAUACAGCUUUGUAAUUGCUUUGAUUUUUGUUAUUUUGCUGUUUUAUGACUUUACUAACAAUGAAUAAUUUAUUCAUUUAUAAGAAUCUUGUUGUUUCUUUUUAUUAUUUCAUAUUAGAUAUAUUAUGAAGAUCAUGAUGGGUUUA